CGUUAUUAUAGAACACACAUACGCUACGCGCACCCCCUGUCUCCAUCACAUUCCACCGUCUCUCCUCCCUCAUCUGCCGCUGGGCCAGCCCCCCUACCGAACACCGGAUUUUGAGCGCGUGCACCCGGUCGGCUUGCUCGAGCGUCCACACUGGGACACAAAUGGAAACCCUCAGGGGAAACCCACUAAUAAGAAGUCCUGCCGCUGUAAAACAGUUGUCGUCGGACAUAAUGGAGCAACAACAUCGUCGUUUUCUUCCCUGUCCGUCCUUCAUCAUUUAAUCGUUACAUCGUUCCGAAGCGGGCAAAGCACGUCCGGUUGUUAUACUAGUCUCGGCUACGGACCGACUGAUUAUUGUGAUACGGACGGAUUUGUGUUCGCAGGAGAUGAUAUAACGCACCUUGAAGACGACUAGAACGAGAACGGGUAACUGGAGCCGCGCGAAGAGGAAGCAUGAAGUUUGCGGUUGCAGUGUUGUGGCUGGUGUGGUUCUCGGUCGGCGAUGCCACUAUUGAAGCUCCAGAGGAGUUUAUGUCUCUGGCUGAGAUGGAGGAUGCCUUGUUGAGGAACCUGUUUAGAGGGUAUCAGAAAUGGGUCCGACCUGUUCUGCACGCUAACGACACCAUCACAGUACGAUUCGGACUCAAGAUCUCACAGCUGGUGGACGUGGAUGAGAAGAAUCAGCUGAUGACUACUAAUGUCUGGUUAUGGCAGGAGUGGGUCGAUGUGAAGCUCCAGUGGAACCCAGAUGAGUAUGGAGGAAUCACCUCUAUCAGAGUUCCCUCUGAAACAAUAUGGCUGCCAGACAUCGUCCUCUAUGAGAAUGCUGACGGGCGUUUCGAGGGCUCUCUGAUGACCAAAGCCAUCGUGAGGUCAGACGGGACAAUCAGGUGGACCCCUCCGGCCAGCUACAAGUCUUCAUGCACCAUGGACGUCACCUUCUUUCCCUUCGACAGGUGGGACUGACCGCUGGACACACACACACACAAACGCUCACACGCACACAACAUACACACAUGAACACACACGAGCUCACGCACACAUAAACACUAACAUGGAAGCACAGACACACACACACACACUAAUCAACCAAUCAAUCCAUCAGUCCUACCUGUCGGACGGGAAGAAGGUGACAUCCAUGAUUAUCUCUGUUUUACUAUAUCACUUUAUCCAUGAUUAUCUCUGUUUUACUAUAUCACUUUAUCCAUGAUUAUCUAUGUUUUACUGUAUCACUUAAUCAAUAUCAUUUAUAAGAUUUGUUGUGUCACUUCUUCUCCUUUAUCACUCACUCCCCCCUUCCCCUUGGUUGACUGGUUGGCUGGUUGGCUGGUUGAUUGGUUGAUUGGUUGAUGAUUGGUCGAUUGGUAGAUUUGUCGAUUUGUCGAUUGGUUGAUUGAGAUGUGACUGGUGUAUAUUUGCGGUCAGCCUUUUUAAAAAAAACAUUUAAAAAAAGGUUUAUAUAACUUGUUUGUUACUUUACAAUAUAAAUACUUUAAAAUAAAAUACAUUUAACAACACAGACAGAACUGAAGACACCACAGAAAUAUUUUUUCCCCUCCCCAAUACAGACAGAACUGCAGUCACCACAGACAGAAUGUUUUCCCCUCCCCAACACAGACAGAACUGCAGUCACCACAGACAGAAUGUUUUCCCCUCCCGAUACAGACAGAACUGCAGACACCACAGACAGAAUGUUUCCCCUCCCCAAUACAGACAGAACUGCAGUCACCACAGAUAGAAUGUUUUCCCCUCCCCAACACAGACAGAACUGCAGUCACCACAGACAGAAUGUAUUCCCCUCCCCAAUACAGACAGAACUGCAGUCACCACAGACAGAAUGUUUUCCCCUCCCCAACACAGACAGAACUGCAGUCACCACAGACAGAAUGUAUUCCUUUCCCCAAUACAGACAGAACUGCAGU